AUGUCAAAUAAAGGAUUAGAGAUUAAACCAAAUACCAUAGAUUUUGAAAAUGAAUUAGAUAAAAAAGGUGCUUUCAUUAGAAUCGAUAGUAGUUUCAGAGAUCACAUUUCCAAAGACCAUCCAAUUUUUAAACCAGAAGCCAAUAGAUACCACUUGUAUGUUAGUUAUGCUUGUCCAUGGGCCAACCGUACAUUAAUGUUUUUAAAUCUCAAGGGAUUAGAAGAUAUUAUUGAUUAUUCAGUUGUAGAUUAUAUUUUAGAAACUGGUGGUUGGAAGUUUUCAACUAGACAUGGUUCAACUGUAGACAAAAUUAACAAUUUCCCAGCUCUCAGAGAUGUUUACCUUUUAACUGAUAAAGAAUAUAGUGGUCGUAUUACAGUACCAGUUCUCUUUGAUAAAAAAACUCAAAGAAUUGUCAACAAUGAAUCAUCAGAAAUCAUCCGUAUGUUAAACAGCCAAUUCAAUGACUUUGCUAAAAACCCAGCUCUUGACCUCUGCCCAAGCGAUUUAUUAACUGAAAUCGACAAAAUUAAUGAAUUUGUUUAUCCAAACAUCAACAAUGGGGUUUACAGAUGUGGUUUUGCUGUAUCACAAGAAGCCUACGAUGAUGCUUUUGAAAAACUUUUUGCUGCUUUAGAUAAAGUUGAAGAAAUCCUUUCCAAACAACGUUAUUUAGUUGGUUCAAGAUUCACAGAAGCUGAUGUUAGAUUAUUUUCAACUUUAAUUAGAUUCGAUUGUGUCUAUGUCGGUCACUUUAAAUGUAAUAAAAGACAAAUUAAAGAAUAUCCAAACCUUAGCAACUACACUCGUGAAAUUUAUCAAAUGGAACCAAUUAAAUCAACUAUUAACUUUUUCCACAUCAAACAUCAUUAUUAUGGUUCACAUCGUACCAUUAACCCAUAUGGUAUUGUUCCAAAUGGUCCAAAUAUGGAUUAUAUUAAUGAACCACAUGACCGUAAUAGAUUCAACUAA